CUGUCAGCUGCAUAAGCAUGUCCUUUUCCCGUUUCAGAUUCUCUACAAUAGCCAGAGUGUGGAGGUGGAUGGCCACUCGAUGAAGAAGCUCAUAAGUGACCUCCAACCAGACACAGACUAUUCUUUUGUGUUAAUGAACCGUGGGAGCAGUGCUGGAGGGCUCCAGCACCUUGUCUCAAUCCGCACCGCUCCUGACGUCUUGCAAAGCAAACCCAUCGCCACAAACAAGUACAUACAGGAAGGAAAAUUCACCCUCGCCCUUCCCAAAGUCCAGACCACUGUGCCGGUUAGGUGGUACUACAUCGUGGUUGUGCCAGCAGAUCAGAGCACCAGCAGCCCAACUGCUCGGUGGCGGACACCUGAUGAGAUGGAGCUGGACCAGUUGCUGGAGGCUAUAAGCCAAGGGAGUCAGAGCAGGCGCCAGCGACGCCAAGCAGACAGACUCAAGCCCUACAUUGCUGCUCAAGUGGAUGUGCUGCCCGAGACCUUCACCCUGGGGGACGAGAAGAACUACAAAGGUUUCUACAACAAGCCCCUGUCUCAAGACCUGAGCUAUCGCUGCUUUGUGCUAGCCUCGCUGGAGGAUGGAGACACGAAGAGAUACGCAGCCAGCCCCUACUCAGAUGAGAUUGUGAUGGAAGUGGCUUCAGCAAAGCAGCAGGAUGAACCAGAAAUGCUGUGGGUGAUGGGACCUGUCCUGGCUGUGAUAUUAAUCAUCAUCAUUGUCAUUGCUAUACUCCUCUUCAAAAGUAAGCAAGAAAGAAAAAGAGCACAUUCCCCCUCUUCCAAGGACGAGCACUCCAUUGGCCUGAAGGACUCGCUCUUAGCCCACUCCUCUGAUCCGGUUGAGAUGAGGCGGCUCAACUACCAGACUCCAGGCAUGCGUGACCACCCCCCAAUCCCUGUGACGGACCUCGCUGACAACAUCGACAGGCUGAAAGCCAACGACGGGCUGAAGUUCUCCCAGGAAUAUGAGUCCAUUGACCCGGGGCAGCAGUUCACCUGGGAGAACUCCAACCUGGAGGUGAAUAAACCGAAAAACCGCUAUGCAAACGUGAUCGCCUAUGACCACUCACGUGUCAUCCUGACCUCCAUUGAUGGAGUCCCAGGCAGUGAUUACAUCAAUGCCAAUUACAUUGAUGGCUAUCGGAAGCAGAAUGCCUACAUUGCCACACAGGGACCUCUGCCAGAAACCCUCAGCGACUUCUGGAGGAUGGUGUGGGAACAGAGAACAGCAACUAUAGUCAUGAUGACCAGGCUGGAGGAGAAGUCCAGGGUAAAGUGUGACCAGUACUGGCCAAGCCGGGGUACAGAAACCUAUGGGAUGAUCCAGGUGACACUGCUGGACACAGUUGAGCUGGCGACCUACACCGUCCGCACCUUUGCACUGUACAAGAAUGGCUCCAGUGAGAAGCGAGAGCUGCGACAGUUCCAGUUCAUGGCUUGGCCUGAUCACGGGGUACCAGAAUACCCCACCCCAAUCCUAGCUUUCCUGCGACGGGUCAAGGCCUGUAACCCACCCGAUGCUGGGCCCAUGGUUGUCCAUUGCAGUGCUGGCGUGGGCCGAACUGGUUGCUUCAUUGUCAUUGAUGCCAUGCUGGAGCGGAUGAAGCAUGAGAAGACUGUGGACAUCUAUGGCCACGUGACAUGCAUGCGCUCUCAACGCAACUACAUGGUGCAGACAGAGGACCAGUACAUUUUCAUCCACGAGGCCUUGCUGGAGGCAGCCACGUGCGGCAAUACCGAGGUGCCUGCACGCAACCUCUUUGCUCACAUCCAGAAGCUGACCCAGGUGCCACCAGGAGAGAGCGUUACUGCAAUGGAGCUGGAAUUCAAGCUGCUGGCCAACUCUAAAGCACAUACCUCACGUUUCAUCAGUGCCAACCUCCCAUGCAACAAAUUCAAGAACCGCCUCGUGAACAUCAUGCCGUACGAGCUGACAAGAGUCUGUCUGCAGCCCAUCCGGGGCGUCGAGGGUUCCGAUUACAUCAAUGCCAGCUUUAUCGAUGGGUACAGGCAGCAGAAGGCCUACAUCGCCACGCAGGGACCACUGGCUGAGACCACAGAGGAUUUCUGGCGGAUGCUCUGGGAGCACAACUCCACCAUCGUGGUGAUGUUGACAAAGCUGCGCGAGAUGGGCCGGGAGAAGUGCCACCAGUACUGGCCCGCAGAGCGCUCUGCCCGGUACCAGUACUUCGUGGUGGACCCCAUGGCAGAGUACAACAUGCCACAGUACAUCCUCCGGGAAUUCAAGGUGACGGAUGCCAGGGACGGCCAGUCACGGACCAUCCGCCAGUUCCAGUUCACAGACUGGCCUGAGCAGGGAGUGCCAAAGACAGGAGAGGGCUUCAUCGACUUCAUUGGGCAGGUGCACAAGACCAAGGAGCAGUUCGGUCAGGAUGGGCCCAUCACAGUGCACUGCAGUGCUGGAGUGGGGCGCACAGGUGUGUUCAUCACACUCAGCAUCGUGCUGGAGAGGAUGCGCUAUGAGGGGGUGGUGGACAUGUUCCAGACGGUGAAGACCUUGCGGACGCAGCGGCCAGCCAUGGUGCAGACAGAGGACCAGUACCAGCUGUGCUACAGAGCAGCACUGGAGUAUCUCGGCAGCUUUGACCACUAUGCAACGUAACUAGUGCUUUCCUCCAGUCGCGGUGGGGAUGUCUAAGAGUGGAGAUGGGUCCCUCUGAGCCAGAGCUGCCCAUUCCUCAGUCCUUCUGUACAGAUGGAGGUGCUGCCCAGGCAGCAGACCUCCACACCAACCAGUUUUGACCACGGCAUUUAGGAACUUCGCCCCAGCGCCAAACGAGGGAAUCCGACUCCAAAAGCAUUUCCAGUCUCUGGCUGAAUUUCUGCUCAUGUGCAUCUCUCGCCCUCUCUCACGCCGACUGCAUUUCACAGCGAGGCUUUAGGUGGGUGGAAUGGGGUCUUUUUUUUAAACAUGUAAAAUAGUUACUAGUGGUUUUUAUAAUCUCCUC